CUGUGUCCUGCACUCGCAGCGGUGUUUCUGCACAUGGGAAGGCAUGAGUGUUACUUCAUUAACGGCACGGAGAAGGUGAUGUCCGUGCAGAGGUACAUCUAUAACCGGGAGACGUACGUGGUGUUCGAAAGCGACGUGGGGGUGCACGUGGGGUUCACCUCCUAUGAGGAGAGGUUUGCCAGGGAGAUUAACAGCGACCCGAAAUGGAUGGUGGAACAACGGACUGCGGUGGACUGGUACUGCCGGGGCAACUACGAGGUGAUUCGCCCGUUCACUGUGGCGCGCCGAGUGCCCCCCAGCGUGUCCAUCUCGCUGGUGCCCCCCUCGAACACCUUUGGGCAACAGGAAAUCAAAAUCGUGGCAUCCCUGAAAUUGGAAAAGACCUCCAAGACCAUUCAGUAUUCCUUGAUGCCACCAGAAGAUAGGAUUGAAUGCAAAAGAUUUUAG